AUGACAGACGCCGCUCAAGAGCAAAAUGCAGGGUACUUCGCUCUUUACCGCUACACUCCCUCUAUCGCUGCAGCCGUAGUAUUCACCGGGGUGUUCUGUGUCCUCGCCAUCCUUCACCUCUACCGGAUCAUCCGCCACCGAACAAUCUUCUUCAUCCCAUUUCUCAUCGGGCUUAUCUUCGAAGCCGCAGGCUACAUUGCCCGCAUCUUCUCCCACUUCGACACCCACGCCCUGGGGCCCUACAUCACGCAAACGAUGCUCAUCCUCGUCGCGCCCCCUCUCUUCGCCGCCUCGAUCUACAUGACCCUCGGCCGCCUCAUCGUCCAACUCGACGCCGAAUCCGCCUCUCUCAUCCGCGUCCAAUGGCUAACUAAAAUCUUCGUCGUCGGCGACGUCAUCUCCUUCCUUCUCCAAUGCGGAGGAGGCGGCUACAUGGCCGCCGGCACGCAGGCCGCCAUGACAAGCGGCGAACACAUUGUCAUCGCCGGCCUCGCCAUCCAGCUCCUCUUCUUCGGCUUUUUCGUCCUAGUAGUCUCCCUCUUCCACUUGCGGGUCUGCGCAGCCGCGAACCCCGUCAUGGGAAGAUCGCAAAGCGGUCGGGUCUCGUGGCGCGGGCUGAUGUGGGCGCUGUACCUCGCGUGCGCGCUGAUCCUCGUGCGGUCGGUGUUCCGGGUCGUGGAGUUUGUGCAGGGCAAUGAUGGGUUUAUCAUGCACCGCGAGUAUCUGCUGUAUAUUUUCGAUGCGCUGCUGAUGGCGGCGACGGGGUUGGUGCUGGGGUUUGUGUUUCCUGGGUCGUUUUUGGAGGGUCAGAAGCGGGCUGCCGGGGGGGAGGCGGGCUUGGGCGAGAGGGUUUCUUUGGUUUGAAGGCUUUUGGUUUUUCUGGACUUCAAUUUACAGGAUUUUGACAUUCGGGACGAACAACCCCGGGGUCAG